GACAUGAAGCCAGUAGAGUCAGAUUCACUUUACACAGAGACCCCUACAGAACAGAGACACAGACAUGGUACCUACAAUCACCUCAGCUAGCAUCUACUCUAAGGAGCACCUGACUCUGACAAACAAGUUAAGAAAGCCAGUGGUUGAGAAGUUACGCAGAGAUCGUAUCAACAGCAGCAUUGAGCAGCUCAAGUCUCUUUUGGGUCCAGAGAUCCUCAACCAUCCACCCGACUCCAAGCUGGAGAAAGCUGACAUCCUGGAGAUGACAGUUUGUUACCUCAGACAACUGCAACAGAACCAGACAGGAAGCUCCACCUCCCCUUCAGCACCUGUCAAUCAGGGUUACUCCAGGUGUGUCCAAGAGAUUGCUCACUUCCUGUCUAAAGAUGAGGUGAAGACACAGUCCCAGAGAAGACUGCUGAGCCACUUCCAGGGCCUGCAGCCCUCCUCUGAUAAGAACAGGAGGGAGAGUGACCUGCCUCAGCUGAGCUCCUCAGACCAGCACAGCUUCAGCAAAGAGAGGAGUCCAGUCAACAGCGCCCUCUGGAGGCCCUGGUAGAGUCUUACAGACUGGAGCUCCACUCAGACAAAAAACAGGGGACCAUAUUGGUCUAACGUUAUUAUUGUGAACAAUAAUGACAACAGGAAGACAUAAUUUUCCUUUUCUGUUAAUGCAGGACCUUUACAAGUCUCAGUGUUAUUGACACUUUUACUUUUUGCUGUAACGCAGUUCUAAAUGUUUUCUGUGAAAAUGUUCUAAUCUAUACCAUCUACAUUUUGUAGUGUUAACUAAAAUCUUGAAUUUCAAUUGUACUGAACAUGUUAAAUUUU